AUGUCGGCACCCGACGUCACCGCCGCAAAUGUGGCAGAGAUCCUUCAGAAUGAUCGCAUGGUCAAGGUGGCCGGAAUCGAUGUGGAUGGCCAGCUGCGCGGCAAGCUCAUGAAGAAGAGCAAGUUCUUGUCCAUAGUUGUGGAGGGCUUUGGCUUCUGCUCGGUGAUUUUUGGCUGGGACCAGCAUGAUAUGACUUACUACAAGGAGCUCUCGAUCAGCAAUAAGGAAAACGGCUAUCGCGACCUUGUCGCAGUCCCAGAUCUGAGCAGCUUUCGUCGGAUCCCUUGGGAGAACAAUGUGCCUUUCUUCCUCGUCAGCUUUUUGGACCCGGACACGCGAGAGCCGGUUUGCGCGUGCCCACGCGGGCUGUUGAAGACCGUAUCAGCGAAAGCCGAGGCUGCGGGUUAUCGCGCCAUGGCGGGUGCUGAGUAUGAGUUCUACCAGUUCCGGGCACCAAGCGAUCACCCCAGUCCAGAACGCGCGGCGACGGCCACGGCAACCUUCCUGCAGACGAAUCCAGUGGAUUCAUUACCAUCACUAACGGAGGGCAUGUUCGGAUACUCGAUUACUCGGCCCCUGCACAACCAGGAAUACUAUUAUGGCAUCUUCGAUGCCUGCGAACAGUUCCGUUGCGAUAUUGAGGGGUGGCACACGGAGAGUGGACCCGGUGUUUUCGAGGCUGCACUUCAAUUCGGCGAGGCCAAGGAAAUGGCCGAUAAGGCUGGCUUGUUCAAAUACGUCGUCAAGGCAUACGGCAUCAAGCAUGGCAUCACACCGUGUUUCAUGGCCAAGCCGCGCCAGGGCCUGCCUGGCAACAGCGGCCACAUGCACAUUUCCCUCGUCACUGCGGAUGGCAAGAAUGCCUUUAUCCGUGACACUCCCGACCCCUCUCCUCCUUACCCAGAUGUGGCACACCUGUCGGAUUUGGGUCGCCAUUUCCUGGCCGGUCUGUUGGUGGGUCUACCGGACGUCAUGCCGCUCUUUGCGCCCACGAUCAACUCCUACAAGCGCCUGGUGGAGAACUUUUGGGCUCCAGUUACCGUAUCCUGGGGCCUGGAGCACCGCGCAGCGUCCAUUCGCCUGAUCACGCCGCCAACAGCCAGUGCAAAGGCCACCCGCUUCGAAGUCCGCACUCCCGGCGCUGAUACCAACCCACACUUUGUUCUUGCCGCCAUCAUGGCCCUCGGCUGGAGAGGUGUAGAGAAGAAGCUUGAGAUUCCCGUACCACCCUUGAGCAAGGGCGAGGAUAUGGGUGGCGCCAGUGACCAGGGUGUUCGGCUGGCUAAAUCUCUGAAGGAGGCAGUCGCUACAUUCACACGACCGGAUAGUGUGGCACGCGAGGUGUUUGGAGAUAGCUUUGUGGACCACUUCGGUGGCACGAGGGAGCACGAGAUUCGUCUGUGGGAGGAGGCUGUUACCGACUGGUAA